AGGGCGGGAACGGCCAUCAGGGAUAUCGUUGGAGUCACAGGAGGUAGGGAGAAGGGUUGAAUCAAAGGUCGCAAAUUUGUGUAUGUGUAGCUUUUUGUUCACGCAGUCAGGGGAAUAUCUUCAUGGCUCAAGAGCGUAUGGAUCAGUAGCACAGUAUGCAAGGGAGGACGUCACGACAGAGGGCGGCGGGCGGGGGGAGGUAAGGAUAUAUCAGGGACCGGAAACCAGCACCGGUCACGAAAGAAGUCCCAAAGGAAGGAGGUUGAGUUCUUUGAGAGGCAAUGAAAGUCGUACAGAGUCAAUGAGAAAGAGGAGUCCAGAGAUUGUCGUCAAAAGGGAUAGGGUGAGAAAGAACCUAGGAAGGGAGGGAAGGGGAGGAGGAGGAGGAGAGGGAGGAUGACGGAUGGUCCAGACAGCGUUGGACGGCGGAUGCCAUGCCCUAUCGGGUUAGUGGCCCCGGGGGUGUCCUAACUUCCCUUAUUUAGGAACAAAAGGCGCUCAUCCCUUCACUUGAGA